ACACAGCGCCAGUAUCCGCCGUCCACCGUAUCAGUACGCACGCCCGAAUAAAAUCAGUCUGCUUCGGCGUUUGCGUAUUCAGUGUGCGACGCUCACCUGAAGGUUUAGGGAAGAUGGCACAGCUAUGCGGCGGAGGCGUAACGCCCGCAAUUAAUUUUGGUAGAUUGUGCCUUAAGCAAUGGUGGAAAUCAGGUUCCAUUUGCCAAAACAUUUAUAUAAGGAAUGUUUCAAGCCUGGUUGUUGGAGAACCUGAUGGACCAAGUGUAAAAACAUCCAUUCCAGGUCCAAAGUCAAAGCAGCUACUAGAUGAACUAAGUGCUAUACAGCAAACUGGAUCAGUACAACUUUUUGUUGAUUAUGACCGCUCCAUUGGUAAUUAUAUAGCAGAUGUUGAUGGAAAUGUUCUGCUUGAUGUGUACACUCAGAUAUCGUCACUGCCUCUUGGGUACAAUCAUCCAGAUCUUUUGAAAUUGCUUGAUAACCCUUUUAAUGUGAAAGCAAUUGUAAAUCGACCUGCACUUGGAGUAUUCCCAGGAUCUGAUUGGCCAAAAAAAGUUAAAAAUAUCCUUCUUGAUGUUGCCCCCAAGGGACUGAGCCAUGUCACUACAAUGAUGUGUGGUUCAUGUUCAAAUGAAAAUGCAUUCAAGAACAUCUUCAUCUGGUAUCGCAAAACUCAGAGAGGUGAAAAUAUAGAUUUCACUGAAGAUGAAAGGUCAUCUUGCAUGAUAAAUCAAUCACCUGGCUCUCCACCGCUGAGCAUUCUAUCAUUCAAAGGUGCAUUUCAUGGACGCACCCUUGGUGCACUAUCUACCACACAUUCAAAAUAUAUUCACAAAAUUGAUGUGCCAGCAUUUGACUGGCCAAUUGCAUCAUUUCCAGAGUACAAAUAUCCUUUAGAAGAACACAAGUCAGAAAAUGAAGCUGAGGACAGAAGAUGUCUGGCUGAGGUUGAGGAUCGUAUCACUGAAUAUAAUAAACAUGGGAAGAAUGUAGCAGGAGUAAUAGUUGAGCCAAUACAAGCAGAAGGUGGAGACAAUGCUGCCUCUCCAGAAUUCUUUCAGCAGUUGCAGAGAAUUUGUAAAAAGUAUGGCUGUGCAUUUUUCGUGGAUGAAGUACAAACAGGUGGUGGUCCAACAGGCAAAAUGUGGUGCCAUGAGCAUUUCAAUCUGGAUUCCCCACCUGAUAUUGUGAGUUUCAGCAAAAAGAUGCAGCUUGGAGGGUACUACAUGAAGGAAGAGUUUAGUCCUUCACAACCAUACAGAGUAUUUAAUACAUGGAUGGGUGACCCUGGUAAACUACUGCUGCUUCAAGGAGUUCUUUCAGUUAUAAAGAGAGAUUCACUUCUCUCAGUUGUCCAGAAGUCAGGAGAGAAACUUCUCAAUGGAUUAUAUGAUUUGCAGAAAGAAUUUCCUGCUCUGCUUUUUGCAGCAAGAGGCCGGGGGACGUUUCUUGCUAUCAGCUGCACAUCAACAAAGCUGCGUGAUGACUUGGUGAACAGGUUAAAACAGAAAGGAAUACAAUCUGGGGGAUGCGGAGAGUACAGCAUUCGUAUACGACCAGCUCUGAUAUUCCAGACCCAACAUGCUGAAAUUUUUCUGGACCAAUUCCGACAAGUUCUACGUGAAACUAAAUAAACACAGUUGUGGAGAUCAGUUCUGGGGCCUAAUUUUAAAAACCUAAUAGUGUGACUUCUCUACAGAAAUUUAUUGGAUUUUUAAAUUUCUUUACAUAAACAAUAAGCUGUAUACACAGCACAGAGAAGCAAACAAUUGUAAUACAUUAUCUUCUUGGAAAACAGAAGAAAAAACAUGUCUGCAAAUUAUUUUUUUAUACUUACCUAAUAUUAUUAGUAAAAAUUUUAAUAAUUCACUGAAGUUGAUGUGUACCACAUUAAUAGAGCUUUAUUUACUGGCACGACAAACAUUUAACUAUUUUUAAUAUUAAUUUUUUAAACUGUUUUACACUUGCUGCUUUGUUGGCAUAAUAAUGUCUUUGUUUUGUAAAAUUUUUGUAUUGAUUUUUAUGAUUGUGAGAUUUUAACUCCUGCAAGAUUGUUGUGUUCAGUCUUACAAAGAGUCUGUUGUUGAAGACACCAAAGAGAUUAACCAGUGCAACAAAAAGUGAAAGCCAUGUAAAAAAAAAAAAAAAAAACUGGAAAUGUCGCCAGUAUUCCUGAAGAUUGUCUCCACAGAGAUGGUGUAAGAUAGUGUAACAUUUGAUAAUACUUUUAAAGACUGUAAUUUGCAUUUUCUGAUUUUGUUUUAUUUUUUCCCAUUGUACUUUUCAUAUUUUGUGUGUUGCACAAAAUUCUUAUGAUGAAUGCAUUUUUUUGUUUAGCAUCUGAUCUUGUGCUUUAGUUCAUGUAUGUUGUACAUGUAUUUCCCAUGAAUUAGUGUUCUUCCAUUGGUCCACUUUUAUAUUUUUUACCUUUCUAUUGUCAUUACACACGGUCUGUCCAAUGCCGAAUGCUGAACUGUGUAACAAAAUUGAAGAAGUAAAAGUACAAAAGAAAAAUGUAUAGGAGACUCCCAAAAUCCUGAGAUAAAAUUUUUUUUUUUUUUUAUUUUCUUGCCACAGUUCACAUUCUGAAAUAAAGAUCAUCACUUUUUGCUUCUCUGUAACCUGUUUAUGAAACUGAUUACUAGUCUUAAACAUUCAAGUAAAGCAUCCUAGAGACAGUAGCUCUAUUAUUUAUUGGCAGCUAAUGAUAUCUAAUACAGACUGCUGGAAAAAUCAAUAUCAUAACUUUUCCUUCUGUGUUUCAAGAAUGUGUCAUUAAGCUGUUCCAACUUCACAGUGGUGCUGCAAAUGUUGAUGUUAUGGAGAUAUAAACAGUUAAAAUAAUGAAAGGAGUAGAAAAGGCUGAAUGAGAAAAGUACAAAAUGAAUGUAACUUUUUUUAGUUACCAUGGAGCAGUCAGUUGGCACAUUAUUUGCAUUCCCAUGUGUAAAUGAAGAAAAUAAGCUGUUUUGACUAUACAUAUAUGUCACCAAUAGAUAUUAAGAAUGGCAGUCUUCCAAAAUACUGAUGUUUCAGCAAUACUAAUUCAUGUGUCAUGUUUUGUUUGUCAGAGAGAGAGAGAGAGAGAGAGAGAGAGAGAGAGAGAGAGAGAGAGAGAAUUAGCAUACAUAAAUGCCUUGUAUUGUAAAGAAAGUUUAUUUACUCCCAAGUAUUAUAAUUACUUCUGAUAGCUAGAUUUUAUUACUCUCUGUUAUGGUAUUGUAUUUAUCGAAAAAUAUCAAAAUAAUUGUUAGAAUUGACACAUAAUAUGCAGACUGCAUGAAAAAGUUAAUGAAGUCAGUAUAUUAAUUGUAACUUAGAUUUCAUAUUCUAGUGAUUGGUUGUAUACUGAAUGAUGCUGAGUUAAUUUGUUUAAUGUAGUUUCACUGUAUAGGACUGAAUUUAUUUUGACUGUGCUUUUUAUAAUUUUUCUUUUAAAGAAAGUAAGAUAUUGUUAGCUUAAUCAGCCCUCAUUGUCAGUAAUUUAGUAGACUGAAUAUGAAACGCUUGUGUUCAUCAAGUCUUCCAAACACAGCCAUAUAUUUAUAUGAUACAGUAACAUCAUUGUAUAUUUAACAAAAAAAUUUGAAAAAUAAAGAUCACAUUUUGCUGGUAAA